AUGGCCAAGGCUUAUCGAAAAGAGAAUUUUGACUACCUAAUGGCAAAGAUUGAAAAAGCUGAUUCGAGAGUGAAAAAAUAUCUACAAGAAGUUGGAUAUGAAAAGUGUAGUAGGUUUCAUUCACCGGUUAAGGCGUCUUCACCGUAUAUAUAUUCUGUUUAUGAAUCUGAACGAAGAUACAUUAUCGACCUUAAAAGUGAGUCAUGCAGCUGUUGGAGGUUCCAAAUAGACCAAAUAUCUUGUGCUCAUGCUAUUGCCGUAUUGAAAUCUAAACAUGUAAAGGAAUUUGGUCCAUAUUGUUCUGAUUACUACAAACCAGCUACUUUGGUGAAGACUUAUGAAGUUCCAAGCAUUCCCAUGCCAGAUAGGACAGACUGGAAUGUUCCUAAUAGUGUAGCUAAGGAAGAAGUGUUGCCCCCAAUAUUCAAAAGGCUUCCAGGAAGGCCGAAGAAAGGGCGGAAGAAAAAAUCUAGCGAAACACUUUCAUUAAGCACAAAUCAUUGA